CGGGCCCUCCUCUCCGAGGGGGAGGGGGGCUGUCAGUGCUGCUUUAGACACAAACCCUUCCUCCACCCACCCACCCACCCACCUUCUCCCCCUCUCUCCCACCGCCGCGCUGCAGAGAGCCAGACCUGGGGAAGCGGAGCGCACAGCAGCCGGCAGCUGGAGGAGGAGGGUCGCUCUGCUGUCAUCUGGCUUGGGUGAAGGGGGAGGCGGGGGGCUCUCGGUUUGUGCUUGGAUUAAAACACGACCCCAGACAAAGAAGGCAGAGGAGAGGAGUUGGGGGGGGGGGAGAGGCAUAUGCCAGGGAGAGGCGCCGCUCUCAAUCGUGCCUCUGUUCCCAAGGAUUAAGGAAUGAAUGGGAGCCGCUUCCCAGCUCACCAUGGAGAGAGGAGGCGAUUCAGGCUGCCAGGAUAAGGCUUCCUUCCUGAUGGGUCCCUGAAGCUCCCACCAGUGGCUCCGGCAACACCCCGUGAAAGCACUCCCUGCGUGGCCUCCAGCCUGUGCAGCUGUCGCAUCUCCGAACCUACUUCUGCAAUGGGUGGGUUGUAAGCGCUGGUAAUGAGGAGCUGUGGGUCCAGUCAGUCUUGGAGAUGCCGAAGAGAAGAGACAUCCUGGCUAUCGUGCUGAUAGUUCUGCCUUGGACGCUGUUAAUCACCGUCUGGCACCAGAGCACCAUUGCUCCGCUGCUUGCAGUGCACAAGGAUGAUGGUGGUGACUCCAGGCGUGAUCUGGCCCAAGGCUCGGACUCUAAGGAGUACUGCCUGUCAGACCGCGACAUUGUGGAGGUGGUGAGGACAGAGUACGUUUACACCCGCCCACCCCCAUGGUCGGACACCCUCCCCACCAUCCACGUCAUCACCCCCACCUACAGUCGGCCGGUGCAAAAGGCGGAACUGACGCGUCUGGCCAACACCCUCUUGCAUGUGCCCAACCUGCACUGGAUCCUGGUGGAGGACUCGCAGCGGCGCACUCCUCUUGUCACCCGGCUGCUGCGGGACACGGGGCUGAACUACACCCACCUCAAUGUGGAGACACCCCGCAACUACAAGCUGCGGGGAGACAUGAGGGACCCCCGGAUUCCCCGCGGGACCAUGCAGAGGAACCUAGCCCUGCGAUGGCUGAGAGAGACCUUUAAUAAAAAUAGCAGCCAGCCUGGGAUUGUUUACUUCGCUGAUGACGAUAACACCUACAGCCUGGAGCUCUUCGAGGAGAUGCGCACCACCAGGAAGGUGUCGGUGUGGCCGGUGGCCUUUGUGGGCGGCUUGCGUUACGAGUCACCCAAGGUGAAUGCAGCGGGGAAGGUGUAUGGCUGGAAGACUGUUUUCGACCCCCACCGCCCGUUCGCCAUUGACAUGGCGGGCUUUGCCGUGAACCUCAGGCUGAUACUCCAGCGAUCUCAGGCUUACUUCAAACUGCGAGGAGUGAAGGGUGGUUACCAAGAGAGCAGCCUUCUCCGGGAACUAGUGACCUUGAAUGACCUUGAGCCGAAAGCUGCCAAUUGCACUAAGAUUUUAGUCUGGCACACAAGGACGGAAAAACCUGUGCUCGUGAACGAGGGAAAGAAAGGCUUCACAGAUCCCAACGUGGAAAUCUGAUGCUGCAUGGCUGAGCGGAGAUCAAACAGAAGAUUCUCUCAUUCUUCAGGCUCCUCUCUACAGCAGCCAGCCAGACACACAAGCAGCUGCCAGGACCGCUCCUGACUUCCAAGUGUUUUAAAUGUAUGAAAAACAAGCAAGUUAGAACAACCGACCAUACCUGCACUGCUCAGACUCUCCCGCCCUUCCUCCUGGACUCUGAACAGAACCGGGCCCUCUGGAGACAGAGGAGAAGCACAGAAACCGUAGCACUGACCUCACCUUCAGUACAAGGUGCAAAGCCUGUGGGCUGCUUGGAUUGGGAGGAGCAUGUGCAGGGCACCAUGCACUCGGGAGGAGGCCCAGCUGGAGCUGGUUUCACAGCAAGGAUGAGAAGCACCACAAGGAGUGACCUAUACCUUGUGUCUGUGUGCAACAGCCUCAGCAGCUCUCUGGCUGUGGAGAUGGCACCUUGGCCCUUAAUUUUGAACCUAGGUUAUUCAGUAUUUAUUACACGGCACAAGACUGGGUUUCGGGGAGGGAGAAAAGCAAGGCAGGUAAUAGCUAACCAACAAUCUCUCUGUUCUUUCCAACCCAUCCCCCUUUCAUCAGCUCCAUGGCUUGGAGGGGGUCUGACUGAUUUGACAUACCUCUGUGUACUUGUAUUGAUUUGUUUACAGCACCUGUGCCCAUGUUCACCAUCCCUGCUAAACUAACUGGAGGUAGGUCCUAAUCCUGUGGCUCAGGCCUAUCUCUAAUGCUAACUUGACUGAGACAAGUAUUAGGUGUCGGGCUCCCUGCAGUGCGCACCUACCUCAAGAAGUGUUUUUUUAACAAUAUGGGAGGGAACCACUCAGCAUUUCACUGAAUGCUGCUAUUGUCUCCAACUCCUACCUUAGGCCUAAUUUCCAAUGUUCACUGUAAAAGAAGGAAUCACUCAGCAACAAACAAACCCCCUUCCAUCUAUUACUCCCCACCUUCUUGAGUACAUUUAGUGUUGAUUUUAAAUAUGUCCAUUUCAUGGUACCCAUAAAAAGCCACUGGAGCAGUUCCAUACCUGCUAUUACUGGUGUGCUCACCUAUACUAAGAUGGCCCAGUGCUCUACUAGCUUCCCCCAACAGUGUCUCACUGGUGCUCCAACACCUAAUUGCCCAAAGAGUGGAUUGAAAAGAAAUAAUCUGAACAAAACAGCACAAAAUAACCUUAACCCAAAUAACUUCAAAUACCUGAAACCAUUGUGGUGCAAAGCUUCUUCCUGCAGAAGAAAGUUACCUGGGUGGAUUUUUUUUGACUGUUCUGUGUAAGGUAGAGAGACAUCAAGAGUCAAGGGGAAGCAGUCUCUUAGGUGAUGCUUCUGUGUCUGAGACUUGGACACACUGACAGGCUGACACACAAAAGGAAGUUAAUCCGUUCCUAUCUAGCCCCUUUAAAAAAUGGAUUUCCUAGAUUGCUGCUUAGGUCUGGUCAGACUUCAAAAAUCUAAUCAAUCUCCCCUUCUUGUGGAAAAGUCUGAAGCACAAUUUUACAUGUGAAUUAAGGGAAAAUGUAAACCUGUAAAGAGACUCACUUAUUUUUUUAACCCUUAACAGCAUAUAAAAAUUAAAAUACAUAUAGAAUAUUUCUUGCAGAGUAUUAGCUUCAAUGGGCAGAAAUCACUCAUUGGACUAAUGCCAAAUCUAUAUUUCCUAAUAUUUAAAAAACAAAAAAAAUUGUUUGUGGAAUUUUUUAUUUUCCCUGCUGUAUUUAUCAAAACAAUCACUGGGGAAAAAGUUACCUUCUUUAGCUGAUAAGGUUCUUUACUUUCCAUUCAUGGAAGCCUUGCUACAUAGCUUCUGUGAAAACCUUCCUUUGUAUACAAUGGCUGAAAUCCAAACUGGAUAGCAAUGAUUUUAUGCAACUGGUAUCCACUUGCAUUUUGGGAACAGCCAUUGUUAGCUCAUGUUAAACAGUGGUGCUCUGCAUCAAAGCAGGUUUAUUCCACUAUUUUACAAGCCUCCCAAGUGCAGCGCUCAGUCUGUGUAUCUUAAAGGGGGAAAAAAAGGUAUUUUCAAAAGGGAUACAAAGUUUUCAUGAUAUUCAAGUUGUUUUCAACUGAUGUCCUAGCUGCAUGUCUGUUUGUUUAUUAUAAUAACCCUGCUGGAUUGCAGCCUUCCAUCCUCUGUAGGGAACAACUCCUGGUGAAAUGCAAAGGACCAAGUCCUAAAGACAACCCUGCAAAUACAAAUAUGCUCCACUCUCCUCAGAAAGUCAGCUACAGGAGCCAGGCCUUUCCAGCUGGUGUGGUGGUUAUUGCCGGGAGAGCAGAGGUACAGAUGCUGUGGUGAGACAGGCACUGAUUGGGACGGAGGAUGGAGUGUAUUACAGCUGCACUGUCUGUUCUCAGUUUUAAUUAAACUGUAUUUAAUUUGUUAAAUAAAAUUAAAUAUGGUUUUUAAUGGUUAAAA